CUAAGCAAAAUUUUUCUGAAGAAUGUUGAUAUCUGAUGCAAAUUUCUGUCAUUAUUUCUAUUGCAGAAUCACAACCAUGAAUGCUGUAAAUGCUGUGCUGCUGUUCAUUCUGGUUUGGACCUUUUCUCCUGUCUGUCAAGCUGAUGAUGAUGAUGAUGACUUCAGUGUAAGCUGUGAUGAUGUGACUGGAUCUGUGGGGAAAGAAGUAAAUCUCACCUGCAGCGUCUCACUGAACAACACUGAAUGCUGCAUUACAGGAUAUAAGUUUAAAUACUCUGAGAUCAAUAAUGAGGCAGAAAUCUGUAAAAAGUCUCCUGUGAACCCCUGUGAUCAGAGAAACAGCUUCACCUGCAGCUACACUCCAACUACAGCAAUGACAGAAAAAUUCAGAUUCUUUGUGCAAACAAAGUGUGGAAGCAAAAAUACAGAAUUCACUGUAGUCAUAACAGAGUCAUCAUUAAGAAAAGCAAAGGAAUCUGAAGAUACUGGGGAACCUGGAUCUAAGGAUACUGAAUCUAAUGAUACUGGAUCUAAGGGUAUUGUCAUCAGUUCAGUUGUGGGCUGUUCCAUCAUCAUCAUCCUCAUCAUCAUCUUAAUGACAAUCAUUUGCAAAAAGCAGUCUUUUGGAUUCCAGAGAAGGAUGUUUCUAUGCAUCAAACAUGAUGAAGACAACA